CCGCGCGGAGGACCCGCACUGACCCGCACACGCAUGUGUUCCGCGCCGGAAGGAGGCUCGUCCAUCCGCAUGCUGUACAGAUCUGCGGUUCUUCAGAUCGGGUGACGCGGCCGCCGCAGCUCCGGCUUUUCACCAUUACGUAAUUAAACGCUCUAGCGCGGCUCUAGCUUGUAACAAAUAUCCCCGAAGUUGACUAGUGCCUUCUCACCACCAUGGCUACAAGAACCGCUAAAGACACAGAGAAGCACUGCGUCCUGUGCGUCCAAGAGGUCGACAUCUUCGCGUUGGGGAAAUGUGACCACCCGGUGUGUUACCGCUGCUCCACCAAAAUGAGGGUGCUGUGCGACCAGAAGUACUGCGCCGUCUGCCGGGAGGAGCUCGACAAGGUGGUGUUUGUGAAAAACCCGGAGGCCUUCUCAUCUCUGCCCUUCCAGCAGUUCCCCUGUGAGAAGAAGUAUGAUAUCUAUUUCUGUAACGAGAAGAUCUACGCCCAAUACAGGCGUCUGCUGUCUCCAGAGUGCCUCCGCUGUCCAGAGCCAAAGGUCUUCUCCAAGUACGAGGAGCUGGAGCAUCACAUGAGGAAGCAGCACGAGCUCUUCUGUUGCAAGCUCUGCUCAAAGCAUCUCAAGAUCUUCUCCCAUGAGCGUAAAUGGUACAACCGCAAGGAACUGGCCCGUCACCGAGCACACGGCGAUCCAGACGACACCAGUCACAGGGGACACCCGCUCUGCAAGUUCUGCGAUGACCGUUACCUUGACAACGAUGAACUGCUGAAGCACUUGCGCCGGGACCACUACUUCUGCCAUUUCUGUGACGCAGAUGGUUCCCAGGAAUAUUACAGCGACUACCCGUACCUGAGCGAGCACUUCAGAGACAGUCACUAUCUGUGUGAGGAGGGCCGCUGCGCCACAGAACAGUUCACUCAUGCAUUCCGUUCCGAGAUCGACUACAAGGCCCACAAAGCUGCAGAACACAGCAAGAACCGAGCAGAAGCCCGACAGAACCGCCACAUCGACCUGCAGUUCAACUACACUUCGAGACAAGGGCGGAGGAACGAAGGCUUUUCCUCAGGCAUGGUGUCUGGCGAGGACUACGAAGAAAUGCGUCAGUCCCGAGGGGGAAGGGGAAGGAUUCAUGGGGGACAGAAGAGCUGGAGGUAUUCCCGAGAGGAAGAGGACAGGGAGGUGGCCGCUGCUAUGAGGGCAUCCAUGGCAAAGCGAAGGCAGGAGGAGAGAGGAGCGAUGCAGGAGAGGAGCGCUCCCAAACACUGCAGAGAGGAGAGGAGCGCUCCCAAACACUGCAGAGAGGAGAGGAGCGAGAGGGCAGAACCCGAGGAGCCCAAACACCGGACCGGACUCGUCAAACCAGUAACCAAACCUCCAGUACGAACAAUGAAGAGCUCUAAUCCAGGGGAUGAAGAAUACGACUUCCCAGCUUUAGGGGCCACAUCUGCCCCACCCAUUGUUAAGGCAGCUCCUGCCACGGUAACAGCAACACAUGCGGCUUUGAAGGAAGACGACUUCCCGAGCCUCUCGGCGGUAUCUGUUGCGUCCCCCAUGACCCCGGCUUACUCUGCCCAACCCAGGAAGACUUCCUCUUUCCACGAGGAGGAUUUCCCCGCGCUCGUGUCCAAAAUCCGGCCCCAUAAGCAUGCAGCUGGCACCAACUCCGCUUGGUCCAACCACACCGCAGUAGCUAAGCCCCAGGCUAACCCUCCUCCGCCCUCCAGACCUUCCCCUCCUCUCGCGGCCGUCUCCUCCGGCCCUCAGCUGCUCUCCUCCUCCUCCUCCUCCUCCAACUCUUCAUCUCUGCGGAGGAAAAAGAAGUUAAGGGAGAACGAAAAGGCAACGUCUAACCGGUCCCCGCCUUCCGACGAUGACUCUAACGGAGGGCUGACGCAGCAGGAGUCCCGCCCGGUGCCCACCAUGUUGGAUAUCUCCUCUCUGCUCACCGUCAAAGGAGGCAACGGCAAACCCUCCGCCAGGACCCCCAACCCCCCGAACCCGACGCCCAUCCCCGAUCCUUUCACCCCUAAAGCCAGCAAGAAGAAAAAACAGCAGAAGACCACGGCCGUUCCCCCUACGUCCGCGUCUUCGAUGUCGGGCACGGCGCAAACUGUGAGCGCCGUCUCCGUGGAAACGGCGGCGCAGAAGGAGAACGUCCCAGAGAAGAGUUGGAACAAACCGCCCCCCAGUGCUGUGACGCUGAGUGGGUUGGCUAACGGCCACACCGAAAAGGCCCCGCCCAUUAGUAAGGAGGCAGUGGCGACGACCCUUCAUCCCAAAGCAGACCCCCCUCUGAAGGAGGAGGAGGAGUUCCCUGCGCUCAUGACCAAGAACCCCCCACCAGGCUUCAAGUCGUCUUUCCCGCUGAAGGCCUCGGCUCCGCCGCCGGCCUCCGUCAUGCCCCCCCCUCCACCCGGCCUUGGAAUCUCAGCCCCUAAACCUCCCCCUGGAUUCACUGGGAUCCCCCUCAACAGCAACGUGGUGGAGCCGGCUCCGUCCGCAGUCAACCCGCCCCCCAAACCGUCGAGCAGUGGUUACCUGGUGCCAGACGACUUCAACCAGAGGAACCUGGAGCUGAUCCAGUCCAUUAGGAAGUACCUCCACAACGAUGAGUCAAAGUUCAACCAGUUUAAAAACUACUCUGCACAGUUCAGACAGAGUGUGAUAUCGGCGGUCCAGUACCACAGCAGCUGUAAGGACCUCCUCGGAGAGGACUUCAACUGCAUCUUCAACGAGCUGCUGGUGCUCCUGCCGGACACCGGCAAGCAGCAGGAGCUCCUGACCGCCCACGGCGACUGCAAGGCGCUGGAGAAGCAGUCGGGCGCCGGAGGAGGACGGAAAAACAAGAACAAGAAGAACGCCUGGCAGAUGCCGACCACCAUGGCCAACGCGGCCGCCGAGCUGGACUGCCAGGUCUGCCCCACCUGCAGACAGGUGCUCGCCCCGAAAGACUUCAACUCCCACAAGACCCUGCACGUCCGGGACAGUGAGGACUUCCCUUCCCUGCAGUCAAUCAGCCGUAUCAUCAGCUAGCCUUUUGUUUUGCCACCCUGGGCUCAUUUUUCAGUUGGCUUUCGGUGUUUUAAUUAAUAACGGGGGAUCAAGUUGAUGAGCUUGUGUUGAAACACACGGGGCUGCUGCAUCAUCUCGACUCCUUGCAUCCUUUCGAGGACGUCUCCAGCUGGCACUGGCUGCGGCAGCGUGGGUCAGAGCACACCUGCCGGUUUAUUUAAUGCAGGAGGGGGCAGGAGCCAAGGCUUUAGUUUUUUCCCCUCGCUUGAAGACCAAAUGUAUCAUGUUAACGUGGAGGCUGGUGAUUUGUGGGGGGGGGGGCUUGCUCAAAUUACAAAAUAAACACAAACAUGAUCGGUUUAACUUUAUAGCAGCAUAUUCAUUUAAGGGCUGCAGUUUGAGUGGAUUGUUCCUGUUGUGAAUGAGGGGGUGACAGGAAGUGCGCUGCAUUGGAACAAAUUUGGAAUCACAGUUUGAAUCUCUGUACGAUGUUUUCGUUGACGUUUAUUGGCUGAAAAGCUGUAAUUUGUUUUUCAGUGACGUUGCACAAAUUUUCAAAUGGAAACUACAUGGAACUAAAUUAUGAGCGAUGGUCCUUUGCAUGUUUUCAAAGUUAUGUUCAAAUAAUAUAUUACUUUUUAGGAUCAGGGUGUCCAUGAGAUGUUACCAGAAGCUAUUUAUAGUCAAGGCUCCAGGUUUGUUCCAGUAUACAUUUUGUUCUGAUUCCUCGUGAAGAAAUUACUGUAGUGAUCAUGUUUACGAAUCAAAAUUCUCAACUCUCUCUGCCUCCGUUUCAACAAACCGGGAAUGUUGUGUGAGUAAAACUCUCACAAACAAACAAACAAACACACACACAGCAGCUUACUUUCUGCUCCAAUAAAGCUGUCUGUGCCACACAG